AUGAUCGAGAGCCCGGAAGGGAUCUGGACGAUCGUCGUGUUGGUGAAUGCUGUAUUGUCAUGGGUGGCAAACGCUAUAUUAUGCCAUUUAAUUCACCAUCAUACACCCAGGCAUAUGGGACCAUAUGCCAGUUUAAUGGCUAUAUUCUCGCUAUUCAAUAUUUUAUUCACGGCUCUGCAUCUCGCCACGCAUCCGAUAAUCUUCUGCGACGGCUACGGUUUCGUGAUGUUCACCACCGGGCCGGUGUCCGACUCGAAAGAGUUGUCAGCAGUCGGGUUGUUCGUGUACGCCUCGGCGUACGCGCAGUCGCUGGUGCUGCUCUGCUUCCACUUCAUUUACCGUUAUGCGUUAAUUUGCCAGAUCGAAUGGCUGAACGCGCUGACAAGGUGGCAAGUUAUCGCCGGGAUGGUGGUACUGUAUUUGCUGUUCGGAGGUGGAUACGGAGCAAAUGUCGUCAUAUCCCUGUUUGAAGACGCGAGGGUAAAAGACGCCUUCCGACAUCCGUUCUCCCGCACUUUCCAGCACAGCAUCGAUGAGAUCGUCUCCCUAGGAGGCGUUUAUUUUAUUGACGGCAUCGCGAAUUGGAAGUCCUGGUGCGGCCUUUCAAUCUGCAUGUUCUUCAUCGUCUCCUCAUUUAUCGUGAUUUUGCUCUGCGGCCGCGCCAUUCUGCGCACUUUAAGGGAAGCCACGAUGAGCACGCGAAUUCGUCAACGUCAGAUGGGAAUAUUUAGGGCGCUCGUAGUUCAGACGGUAAUCCCUGUCUUCUGCCUCUACAUCCCAAGCGGUAUCGUCCUCAUCUGCCCAAUUUUCCACCUAUCAGUCGAUACAACCUUUGUCACGGUGUCAUUUGGAGUGUACUGUACCCUGGAGCCGCUAGUAAUGAUAUAUUUUAUACGCGACUACCGUAUCGCCGUCCUCCGGAAGGCCAAGGGAUUGGCUUACUGCGUCAUUGAGAUGAUCGAAAUUUGGCGCUGGCUG